CGUGGUGAAGUCACCGCAAGCGCGCCGGUACGAGCCGGAACGCGGAGAGCUGCAGAAGCAAUAGGCCCGAACUGGAGCAGCAGAGGCGGUCCGACCCGUAACCCUUAGAGUGACGGGUGGAUCAAGCCCUAACCGACGCCCAGAGGGUGACGGAAGGAGCAGGCCCUGACCGGAACCCCGAAGGCGCGGGAGAAGUAGGCCGGAGCAGGGGUCCGAGAGCGGUUGGGGAUUAGGCCCAUCCGGGCUCUGCAGCGAGCGACGGCCGAGGCCGUGCCCAGAGAUAAUUUUAAUGGGGAAGAAGACGCGGAUCAACUUGCAGCAGAGUCGGCGGCGGCCGAUCCUUCAGCUGGAAUCCGGUCACAAGAAGGAGGAUCGCGGCUCAGGCUCGGGCUCGGAUGAUGAGCAAGAAGAUGGGUCAGAUCAGUUAUUUGUUAAUUCGACUUCAAACAGUGCAAAUAAUGGGCCAUCAAAAGAUGCUGCAGUCCGGACUACAGGUGGUCUGGGCUUGCUUGGAGCUUACACAGAUAGUGACGAUGAGGACAGUCCUGAGACUGAACCACAGGAGGUGGAGCCACGGUCCAGUAAACCUGCAGACAUUGACAGCACUUUGGCAAAUUUCAUGGCGGAAAUUGAUGCAAUUACAGCACCUCUGCCCGUUUCUGAAUCAGCUCCUUCCACUGAGGCAAAAGCUCCAGCACCAACACCUCCACGUCCAGAACCCAAACCUUUAUUAAAUGCUCAAAAAGCUACGAACAACCAUGUUGAUAAUGAAGUGAAUGCACUGGUAGUGAGCAGUAACAUGGCGGCUGAUUGGCACUAUGAUACACAGUACUCACUGGCUGGAGUUAAUGUGGAGAUGGGUGACUGGCAAGAGGUGUGGGAUGAGAACACAGGCUGUUACUACUACUGGAACAUUCAAACUAAUGAAGUGACAUGGGAAUUACCCCAGUACCUGGCCACUCAGCUUCAAGGGCUCCAUUACCAGGCCAGCUCCGUGGUUCUAUCUGCUGGUGAAGUGGAGGGCAGUUUCCAACAUGUGGGUGUCUAUCACCAUGACCAAACUCUGGCAAAGCCUGAUGGCAGAAACCUUAAGAAGAAGGAAGUUAACGAAAGUGUGUUUGCACUGACUGGUGAGAAGGAGGAACAGUUGGGUGUUGCUGCAUCUUUGCUGGCUCCACUUAUCCCAGAGGAGGUGAAGAAAUCGGAGGAAAAGUGGCGGAAGAAAUUGAUUUGCCAGGAAGAACCUCAGGAAGAGGAGGAGGAGGAGAAUGCUAGUGGGGACACUGGACACACGGAAGAAGCCCCUCAGGAGGAGCAGCAGAGCUUGAAUCAGGAGAGUGUGGAGGAUGAAGAGGAGGGGGUCGAGAAAGAGGAAGAGGAGUAUACGCGGCAGUUGGAGCUGGUGCUGGAGAGGAAAAAGGCAGAGCUGCGUGCACUAGAGGAGGGUGACGCCUGUGGGUCGAGCCCACGAUCUGAUUGCAGCCAGGUUAUGCAACAGGAUGUUCAGGUGUCUGAGAGUAGUAAACAUGUCCACAGGAAAGGGAAGUGGCAGGCACUUGCUCGCACAUUCAGUCCUGACUCUGCUGGCCGUGCUUUGAAUAACCAAGAACAGGAUACUGCCCCAGAUGGCGUGCAGCCUGCAGAACCUGCUCCUGAAAAACCAAGCAUUGAUCCUGAAGGUGGUGAUGUGGACCUUGAAGAACCGACAGAAAAGGCAGUAGCUGCACCAAAUCCACUGUCUGAAGAAAAAGACGAUGAAUUUGAACUCAAGUUUCAGAUUGCUGAACUGGCAAACACACUCUCCAGUAAACUGGAAUUCCUGGGAAUUAGCAGACAGUCUAUCUCCAACUUCCAUUUCCUGCUGCUCCAGAUUGAGACUCGUAUAUCAGACUGGCGAGAAGGAGCACUGAAUGGCCAAUAUCUCAAACGUAAACUGCAGGAAGCUGAUUUACAGAUUAAACACUAUGAAUCAAAUGCAUCCCCAAAAGGCUGGUCCUGCCAUUGGGACAGGGAGCACCGGCGCUAUUUCUAUCUCAAUGAACAGACGGGCCAAUCUCAGUGGGAGUUUCCAGAUGUGGACGAGGAGGAGGAGGCAGCCGAGAGCACUUCAAGGCUAAAUGUUGGUAAAAGUAUGCUCAGCACUCCAGUGAGAGAAGCUGCAGGUGCAACAGGUGAUCCUGCAGAUCUGGUGCAUGUGGAGCUGUCUGCUGGCCAAGCUUCUGCAGAAGUCACCCCCCAGCCUCCUCCCCCACCUCUUCCCCCUCAACCCCCCCUCCCCUUGGAUCUCCCUCCCUUGCCCCCACCCCCUCCCUCCUCCCCUCCACCCCCACCCCCUCCUCCUCCCCCUCCAAGUGAUGAUGGCGGCGACAUACAAGAAGUGGAGAUGGAAGUGGACAGCAAGGAACCACCAGCGCCGGGAACAGAAGAAGAUUGUUUGGAAAGGUCCCUUCUCCCCAUCAUUCCAGUUACAACAGUCCAGCUUCCAAUAGUAAAAGUGAGUAACUCUGCUUCAAGCAUGCCCUCAAAUCCUCCAGCUCUGGGUCCGGCAGCCAAGCCCAUUAAGAGGAAAGCAGCAGUGCUGACUUCUACAACGAUGCCGCGUACCAUCACCAUUGGAAGCAAUCCUGUCCUCUACAGUCAGUCAGCCAUGGUCGCAGGCCCACAGAUGCUGGCCACGAUGAUGUCUGUUCCUCCCAUGCCUGCCCCGAGACCCCUUUUAUUACCCAGACCAACGCACUUGGUACAGAUACCACACCCAAUUCCACAACACCAAAUACCAGUGGCACAAGCUAUUCCACAGCCCCCACACAUGCCAGAGGCUCCUCCGGCUGCUGCAGCCCCUCAAGUAACAGAAAAAAGCAGGAAGGUGAAGAAAGACAAGAAUAAGAAGAGUAAAAUGAAGAUGCCAUCAUUGGUGAAAAAGUGGCAGAGCAUUCAACGGGAGCUAGACGAGGAUGAACACUCAAGCUCCAGUGAAGAUGAGCAAAGAGCGAUUCUGGCGCAAAAGCGGAUAGAAGAGUGGAAGCAGCAGCAGCUGAUCAGUGGUCAAGCUGAGAAAAACGCCAACUUUGAAGCGCUACCAGAAGACUGGCGGGAGAGACUGAAGCGGAGGAAAAUGGCUUCAAACUCCUAACAUUCUGAGUUUUAUACUAUGUGUAAAUUAUUUUUCUACCUUUAUACAGAACAGUUUAUAUUUGUGUAAAUCACUGAGUAGAUAGUGGGUCUGUGAGCAGUUUGGUGCAUGAGCAUAUUUGGUGGCUAGUAGAGUAUACUGCUUUCAAUUUUCUAGUAUUGAGCUAUGAAAAUUUUCCAUGUAAUAAAAUGACGUGCAUCCAGGUUGUGAACUAAUGGUGCCCAUUUGCAAUUUCAUAUGUGCUGUACAUUUGUAUAUAACAAUAAACCUUUUUUACAAUA